AGGCUUGAAAAGAAUUCUCGAGGCUCCUUUAGGGUUACGGUGUAAAACAUAUUUUCUAGAAAACUUUUUACACACCCAUUUGCUCGUUAUUAGAUAUGAAAAGUUCGCAAGUGUGAACAAUUGGGGAAUUUCUUACUUGACAGUGUACACCGAAAUUAAAAUCAGUGACUUGUAGACAAUGUUAUCCUUUGCAAAACUGAUUAGUUAUCCUUGAGCAAGCCUGCUCUCAGACACCAAGAGGUUAUACAUGUUCCGGUUUAGUUUCGAACGCAUUGUGGGAACGUGGAUGAACAGAUGGCCUAAGAUGGCGGAAUCCGUAUCUCGACCUGGCGGGGAUUCCCUUCGAUUCUUCCCACAGAUCACUGCUGUGCGCUUAAUUUGAAUUUUUUUUUUUUUUACCAACCGCUAUGAUGGCCCGAAAUAAUAGGAGAUUUCCGAGGACAUCUGUCAAAUUUGAGGUAUGUUUAUGCAACGCCGACAAAAACAAUGGAAGUGCGCCGUCGUAGAAUUUGGUAGAAAACCAAAGCCUGUGUGUCAGGAAAACAAUGGACGGAGUACCGCUGUGUAAGACGAUAGUGAUUGUGUGUAACUUGUUACGAAAUAAAUUGCAGGCAGUUGGGUAAAUUUUUGUUUUAUUAUUCAUGGCCGAUCGAUCUGGCGUUUACGUUAUGACAUACAAAACAUGCUGAACAUCGCAUUGUGAAACAUCGUCAUUGGAUAGUUAGGCUGUUUGCGUAAAUCGAUGAGAGACACUUUCUAACAGUAGCAGUAAUCACAUAUUAUUUAGCAUAGAACUUGCGCUGUUCAGUGAGUCAGAGAGGGUCUAACAGACAGGAUGAGUUGCAGAUUAAAGUGAGCUAACGGAGACAAUAACAAGACACAAAAUGCCUGGCAGUCGUGGAGUGUGUUUCGUUUGCGGCAGCCCAGGCGCCGAGCUCCCACUGUAUAGUAAGCCGAGAGACCAUGGACCGUAUUUCCCCUUUUUGGAGCACCACGAGCCACCCAAAGGUUGUCGCCUUCCAGGACCCGAAGGAGUGGUAGACAGUUGCCGUGUGUGUUAUGCUUUUCUGACACAGCAGUGGGACACGUAUGAACGCAGUAAGACUCCAGCCAUCAAGCGGCUUUAUUGGUUGAAGCGCUCUGAUGACCUCGCUUUUACAGGUGCAGAAAUGAAAUUACAGGGAGAAUACAUGGCUCAAGUGAUGGGGCUUCAGUACCAGCCCAACUGUCAUGACAACUGCUCAAAUCCACCUCUUUCACCAGAUGAUCGUAGUGUGGCCUCUGCAAGCUAUUCAACGUCUGGUGGCAUCAUCAGAGAUGGUGGUAACUAUGCUGGUUUGAACACAUUUCGUGAAGUUGAUAGUGUGGGAAGUGUGAGUGGGAGCAAUGCUUCUCGAGCGGCUUUGCAUAGGGGUGGUGCUGUUGACAGUAAACUAAAUAUGUGUACUUACGGGGGUGAUGCUGAUGGAGCUUUGGACUUAACUGUUCCCAGUAAGAUAGGGUCUGGUGCAGGGGAGAAUCGUAAUGGAGAUCACAGUUCUCCCCGCAGGUCUAGCAGUAGUACCUUCAAAGAUUCUGUUGUAUGUUUUAUUUGUGGCUCAGAAGUUCAUGCACUGGCCAGCAAAGUGGUAUCUAGCAUUCAGGUCUCUGUUGGAGAACCAUAUUUUCCUUUUCUGGAGAAAAUGGCAGCUCCCAGAGGUGCAGUUCCACUUAACAGCCAAAUGCUGACACGUGUAUGUGAGACUUGUUUUUCAUCCAUGUAUCAGCAGUGGCUUUCCUAUGAACGUGCUUGCACUCCCAAUAGUGCUAGAAUAUACAAAGUCAACGAUCGCUACAUUGACGGCUCAAAUGCUCGUCAUUUAUCAGAAAGCAAGCCAGAAAUUAAAGCUCAUAUUCGAGCAGAUGAAGUGUGUUACCUUUGUGGACAGGUGAGACCCCAUGCUCAGAUAUGUCUGCUGUAUACUGUCCCCUCAACUGGUCGAAAGCACCAGAUGUACUUUCCAUUUAUAAGAGAACUUCGGAGACCACAAGGAGCUCAGCCUUUAAACCCGGAUGGUACAGUCUUGGUGUGUGUUUCAUGCCAUGGCAACCUUCAGUCACAAUGGCAACAGUAUGAGUCUGACUCUGUUCAUCUGGUUCACAGACGAUACUCUCUUCUGCCCAUAAUCACCAACCCCACCCUCAGCAGAAGUUUUGAUUCUAAAAAUGGUACAACAAGGAUUGAUUCACCAGGAAACAACAGUCACCAGAGACUGACAGAGAGGUCUAAUGAAGGGGCUGAUAUCACACAACCUUUAAAUAUUCACAUCAGUAAGAGCCCUGUUCUGUCCUCUUCAAAUUCAGCUCAUGGUCUGCUUGCCAUUGCCCCUCAAACACCUCGCAGUAUUACCAAUGAUGUGAGCAGCUUUGGAGCUAUACCAUCUGGCACAAUAAUGUCGGAAAUGGUGGCUUCAGGUUCAAAUUCCAAAAGCUCAGAUUUGCCUCGAGGGUCUGUUUUAGGCACCAGUGUUGCCAGUAUUGUUGGAACAACAGUACCACAUCCACUGCAGCAGGCAACUGCCCUUCCCAAGAAGGUAUGCUUUCUUUGUGGAGAAACCUGCUUAGUCUCUAAAGCUCACUUACUUUAUUCUUAUCCCGUUCGUCAUGAAGCAAAAUCCACAUUCAGCACACCUUCGAUGCCUUUUUUCCCAUUUCUGGCCAACCAAGAACCGGCUGCAGGUGCGGAAGCAGUGACUGAAGAUGGCACUGUCAUUGCCUGCACCUACUGUUACCAUAGCCUCGUCUUCCAAUGGCGGGAAUAUGAAGAGUCCAAGAAUCCAGCUGAUAGCAACCGCUGGCUGAGAAAGUAUUCUAUCCGUGACUUUGUCUGCUACGUGUGUGAAAUGGUGGUGUCCCGAAGGAGAAUCCGUUCCCUUGAAGUGGACAAGUUCCAUUUUCUGAAAGAUCACAAAGCACCUCUGAAUGCCUUGGUGCUGGAUGGCGGGGAGGCAGUGGCAGUGUGUGAUGCAUGUUCCUCCAGCUUAACACACCAGUAUGCAGAGUACGAACGGAUGGGGGUUCCCAUGGAGCUUCACAAAUACAACUGGACCAAGGCCACGGUGUCCGAGGAAAACAGCCAGGAUAAUACAGAUGCAGGGUUAGGGGAGAUAGGAUGGCGCCGAAGUCAUUUCACUCUAAGCGAGGACAGCAGCUUCAGUGGCCCAGAUGGUGGACAAGAUAUUGACGACUCUAAUCCUGGACUUGCCCAGGGGACCAAGCCACCCGUGUUGAGCAUGAUGAGUCCUGCAACAAGCGGCAAGAUGACGCCCAAGAUGGCCACUGUACCACCACUGUCCCAGGGCUCACCCAGCAAUGGAUUGACUGCUAGUGGUGGUAACUCAGCCUUAAAUGCAACACGGACUUCUAGUUUUGCUGCAGCUCUGAGAAAGUUGGCGCAUCAAGCCAAGGAUCCACAAGAGGAGGCAGCUGUGUUGGCUGCAGCAGCUAAACACAAUGGGUCUCCCAUUAGCAGCACCAGCCCACGAGCAGCAACUCCGAAACGGGUGCCACCCCCACCACUGGUCUAUUCUAGCCACUCAGCAUCUUUGACAUCUCCACCUGUGGUCACCAUAGCCCCCACGCAAUCUUUGUCACUGGCAAAUGAUGGUAGACAGAGCAACGAUCGAGUUCCUUCGGCCCACAGUACUGCCUCCUCCUACGACCAUUAUAAUAUCAAGCACGAUCGUGAUCAGCGGCCUUUAUCCUCCCACUCCCGAGAUGAUGAUCGGGCCUCUGUUAAAGAUAGCAGGGCCUUGUCUCAGACACCAACGCGCAUGGUCCCACCACAGACCAGCACAACUUCCUCCCGAGAGGAAAGUAUUACGCGAGGAUUCCAUCCAUACCGACCAGAAGACGACCUUCACCGAGCAGCUGCUGCCCUACCCCCACAUUUUGGCCUUGACCCUGCAUAUGCCUACCACCCUGCCUUCCUUCAACCUCAUCCAUACUCUCACCCUGCCUUCAGAUUUGAGGAUCCUUUGUUGGUGGAACGUUACCGCCUGAUGCAGGCAGCCUCCUUUAUGCCUUUCUCACCAGCAGGACUUAUGCCCCAUCCUAGCAUGCACCCACUUCUGUCAGGAGCUCGGUACUCUGCUGAACUUCUGCAGCAAUAUCCAUACAUCUCACCAGGUGCCCAGGGGUUAGAGCAUAGGUCACCACAAGUAGCUUCGGAGAGGUCACGGUCAGAUGAACGGUUGGAUCGAGAAAAAGAAAAAGAGAAGAGAGAGAAAGAACGGGAGAGAGAGAAGGAACGAGAGCGAGAAACAGAACUGACCAAGCGCGAUAGAUUGUCACUGGUGGAACGAGAGCGCGAGCGGCAGAGAACCAGCGAACACAGUGACCGACGUGACAUUCUCUCUGUACCCUCACGUUACAUCGCUGAGCGGAGCAGCAGCAGCCGAGAAAAUGAGCGGGAGAUGCAGGCACAUAAUCACCAUCAUCACCGUGGACAUUCAGAAAGUAAAGGAGGUUCAAUAAGUCAUGGGACACCACGAGACACAGAGGCGCAUAGAUCUCUCUCCUUGUCCACCACAGAGGGCAGCAGCAUCAAAAAUCACAUCUCAUCCAAUUCCAGCAAAAAUCACUAUCAUAAUAAGUAUGACAACCACCUUUUGUCAAAAUUAGAUGCACCAUCUGAACAAGUGCAUCUGCCAUACCAGCAUGCAGCCCAUCGUAGUGAUGUUGAACUUAGUAAGUCUCAGCAACUUCCAAGAGUGUCUCCUCACCAUCCUGCCUCCAAAAAUAGCACAGGCAGUGGGGAAGGUGCUAUAUUCCGCCCAUUUGAAAAAGAUGGUCCUUCUCAGGCCUCAAAUGUUGUGAUGCGAAAUGAUAAGACACAGGAUCUACUUUCUGUGCCACCAUUGAGGAUUUCAUCUUUGAUUGCAGAAAGUGAGAAGGUGAAAGACAGUGUUGUGAAUUCUGGAGGAAAUGAUGACACCGAUGCAACAGCUCAGCAACCUGCAACUGUUCGAGUCUUUGGCAGCACUCCUGAGGUCAAGAUUAUCAACUCGAAUUUUAUUAACCACAGGGUGGAAAAAUUUGACUUUAAGAGUCUGGCAAGGGAGUGUGUCUCCAGUAGCUCUGAAACCUCAAAAACAGUGCCUGGUGCUGAUGAAACUGCAGGCUUAUUGGUCACAUCAGUUUCUCACCAAAUCUCCCUUUUGCCCUCAUCUUUGUCCCCAGUCCUGGUAAGCAGACUUGACAAGAAAGAAGAGCGGUUGCGGACUGCCAGAGCAAAUGGCACUUACAACAGUGAAAGUGAAGGUGAAACAGAUUCUGAGGCUGAGGAGGAUAAGAAGCGAGAACGAUUGACGAUAUUCAAGCGUGCAUUGCCAGACGAGCUGGAGGUAUCGCCCUCCAAAGUGAUGCUCCUGCAUGCGCUAGGCUUGUCUACAUUACAGAAAAAAAAAGAUUUCAUGUGCAAGCAGUUUCGCAAACGACGACGUUUGAUGCGAGAACGAAGCAUCAGUCCUGUGGAGCUUGUAGAUGGAAGUCUGGAGGAUAGCAGCAUGGAGAAUGCCUUACCGGAGGUGACAAGUCUGGAGCCUCAAUUGCUUUGUGAAGAAAGUGAUUACAGUGACAAAUGCUUGUUUUUAGCCAAGUUGGAAUUGACACCAUUAGCAGCUGAGAGAAGAAAAGAGUUAGAAGCUCUUCGAAAGAUCUGCAAAGAAUGUCAACACAGAAGAUUGAACAAGGAGAAGAACAGGUUAUCUCAUUCAAGGGACCCUCAAAACCAAGUUCUUGUUGACCUAUCAUCAAGCUUGAACAGGGCUGCUGGCACUAAAAGAAAAUUUGAUGAGAUGGACCAUAGUCCUCAACCAUUACACAUUUCUGUGGGAGGAGUGCAUGAUCGUCAUCUGGAUACUACCCAUCAGAACCAGCCAAAACUUCCAGCUGUGCAAAACAAUCAUAUUCACAUCAAGACUGGCAGUGCUGUCAUAUUCUCAGAUUCACAAGAUCGCCAGCUUAGCCGGGAGUUUGCAGAACAGUUUCAUGAAUCGGUCUUACAGUCAACCCGCCAAAAGGAGAUGACUCAGAAAAUGAGCCAUGCUCGAACAGGGGAAGUGCAUGCCAGCGAGUCACAUGGGCGACACAGGCUGCUUUGUGAUUCAGGUGGCAGAGUUGUGGCAUCAGGAGAUAACAUGCACGCAUGCUUUCCAACAGCCACCACAGGACUGGCAUCAGACGGAGCUCGUGUUGUUUAUCCAUGGCCAGGGAUUGAGGGUGUUUUAGAAUCGUACAUGCGUCAUAGAGAAGAAGAGCGAAUUGAAGCACAGCUUCUGUUGGAAAGGUGUCGGCGUCUGCAUACAGAAAACACAGAGCUUCGAAAGGUGGGGGAAACAUUGAACAAAAAGAUGGAGGGCUUGCUGAAGGAGAAAGAAAUGUACAACGCAGAGCGGCUGGAACUGCAGUCUUCAAUAGACAAUCUCAAGAAAUGUCUUCAUAUCUACAGAUGAUGACUGUGGACAGGAUGAUCAGAUUCUUGCAUCGUUCAUAUCACUUUUGCAAUGAAAUGGCUUCAUUAAGAUUCAUUGCUCCCAUAAUGGGGUUCAAAAGGAGAAGUGCAGCAUUGUUGCUGUCAAGUUCCCACACGCCUGAAGAAUACUAUGUUUGCUUGAGCAGAGAUUCUGCCCUUGAUGGAAGAGAAAAUGUGUACAGUGUACCUACUAUUGGAUUCUUCUUACUGUCGAAAUCUGUGAGCAGUAAGAAUAUUCACCGCUGGAUUAUUUCAGCAAUUCAAAGGUGUACCUGUGGAAUCAUGCUUUCUGUGUAUUAGUAUCAGCAGAAAUUUUCAAACUGAUCACUGUGCUCCUUUUGAGUUGGAAUUGGAGGAUCGAAGGUGGUUUUUUUUUUUUUUUUUUUUUUUUUUGUGAAAAUUGUUAACUGCUAACAAAAACAUGGAACUGGAACAACUUGUUUAAAAUUGUCAGAUGAAGAGUUAUGUGACCCUAAGAUUUUACAGGAGACAUGAUGGUGUUUAGUGAUAUGAUCAACACCCAAAUGAUAAUGUGGAAUAUCAUAAUUGUUAUGGCAUAAUGAUUUUUAAAAUUAGAUUUUAACUGUAUUUAAGCCUUCUUAACAAUUGACAAUAUAUAAUGCCACUUUUCAUCUCUGACACAGCCUCAUUCUUAAAAUUAAAACAAAUGUUAAGAACUUUAAAAGUUUCUCUUAAUUUCAUGUACUCAUUCCUUAAAGGCAUACUUUGUUUUCAGAAAGUUUUUAGCAGCAGAAAUACUUUGCAAAGUUAGAAUAAAAGGGCUUUGUGGUAAUAUAUUCAUUUGCUGACAAGUAAGUUACACAAGUAAAUCAAGUCUUUUCUUUAACAUACAGAAGAGUUUUAGUUUUGUAAAAUGAAGAAUGGCCAUAUUUCAUUGCUGAACAGUUCAGUUAAACAGGCAUUGAAAAACUAUAUGCACAUAAUGUAUGAGCAAGAAACUGAACUGCAAAAAGUUAAACAAAUUCUAACAUUCAAAAUUCUGUUAUGUACGUGGGUGAAACUUGUAGAUUUUGAAAACCUGAAAAUAAGACAUCAGUAUCAGUACCAUUAAUGUAGUGUCAAUUACAAUGUGCAAUCAAGAAAUCGGGGAAAGUUUUGGUUUAACAAUUCAGUUAUCAUUUCCUUAUCAAAAGGCAUCCAAUUUUUUUUUUAAUCAAUUUAUAUUAACUUCCUCAUGCCCAGGCGAAAAGUCCUUGGCAGUUGUAUGACUCAAGUUUUGUUGAGCAGCUUACUUUAAGGGAUUUAAAUAAUGUAGACUUUAAAUAUUAAAAUAGUUUUUAUUAAUGGAACCUGUGCUUCUAUUACACUGAAUUGUUAGUUGGUGGAGAUUUUUCUUGGAUCCUUAGAUAAAUUAAUCAUAGCUGAAAGUAAGCUGUCAUUAGAUAUUUUCCAAUUAAAAAAAUCUGUAAUGCAGAAAUCCAGAUUUUGAAAAUUUGGAAUGAUUGUAGCCAACUUCAUUUAAGCAUAUAUAUAUUCUGCAUUCUGGUAUAAACUUGUGCAGAAUGCUUUUUAUUAUUUUCCUUACAAAUCUUACUAUUGUAGAAAGAAAUAGUAUAUUUUGGAAAAAUUGCUUUAUUUUACUUUAUAAAACUUUAGUUAUCCUACUUUUAUUUUAUAAACUCCAGAUGUCAGCAUUCUACAUUCUUUCUUUAGAGUAGAGGAGAAUAACAGCACUAACUGAAGACCCAUUUUAAGAUAUUGUGGAUUUUAGGAUUUCAUAUUUUAAAAGUACACCUGUGGAGAAGAGGGGAGAACAUGCCUGAGAUUCCACAAAAUCAAAGUUUACUCACAAUUGGUGUUUUCAGUGAUUAUGAGGGCAUGUCAAGUUUGAAAUAGUACUGAAAUCUUCUUUGCCUUUCAUUAGUGUCUUUGUAAAUUACAUUUUUCAGCUCAUCCUGCAAAUAAUUGCAUUCAUUACAUGAAAAUUGUCAUAUUUUUAUUGAAAGCCUGUAUAUAUAAAUACCUGUUGCCUUUUUCCACUAGGGUAUGGUUUUUCAACCUCCUUUAAAGAGCUAUUUGGAAACAAAGGGUAAAGAUAGGUAACUGUAAACAACAGAAAAUGUGUGUCAUGUCUUUAAUUUGCUUUGAGGAUAUUAAAUUGUUACCUAAGACAUUUUUCUCUGAGGCAUUGAGUUUUUCUGAGCUUAAACACAUAUUCUAGCUUAAAAGUAUCAAGUUUGAAAGGAAGAUAGUUAUCUAGAUAUGUAAGAAGUAGAUAGAUAUUCCUAGGACAAUUCUACCCCCCCCCCCCCCCCCCCCCCCCCCGAAAAAAAAUUCUGCACAGACGCAGGCACCAAAGAAACCUCGCUUUACAGAAGAGUGCCAUGAGAUAAAAGUUAGAGAGGUUCUGCUAAUGUUGCUCACAGUAAUUAAAAAUAUAUAAGAAAGUAGACUAUGCAUGAUCUUUUUUUAAUGAGACAAACUUUCUAGUGUUUACAUUUGGAUGUAAUAUCUGCAGAAUUGUUAGACUAAGAAUAAGCAUUAAGUGCACUGUUACAGGAUGAUUUUUCUCUUAUUUUGUAGUGUGUUUCAAAUAAGGCCAGAAAGACAUGGAAGAGAGAAACAAAGCUUUCUCUACUGUUUUCACUCUAUUAAGAAAUAAUAGAACUUGUUUUAACUUCUAGUGUCCAAAUUUCUGAUUUCUCAGCAGCUGCUUACCACUGCAGUGGAGUUAUUGGCAUAAUAUUUCUUUGUGCGAGUGCAUGUUUUUGUGCGCUAUGAGUUUGGCUUGAAAAGUUAUUUGAGAAUGAAUCCAGUUUACAAAAAGUGAAAACGGCUGCAUUGAUACAUGUAUAUCUUGUCUUGGUGUAUAUUUAAUAUCUUACCUUAAGUGUGCGGCACCAAAGCUCAAUGCUUUCAAUGUGCAAUUUCCUGUUUGUUUUUAAAUUUAUAUUAUCUUUGUUCAAGUGUGUAUUGUAAAACCAGACUUUUAAUGCCUUCCAUUUAAUAGAAGAGUGAAACAGAGUGAGGAUUAGUCAUUCUAGAUAAAUAUGUCAGAGGUUAUUGUUAGUAACAUGAGAUGGAAGCUGUGCAGUGGCUCUUAGGUUGAGAGUGAAUGUGAAGUAAGCAGAUGAGCCUGACCAUUGGAAAGGUGCAAUUUCCUAGUCAUGACAUUAAUUUUAAAAAGACUUAACUGAGCAGUGGUAUUGUAUUAUUGUUGCAACAGAAUCUAAUUCUUCACUCGCUUGCUCUUGAGCUAGUUUGGAACUUGGCCUAGGAAACCCAUAGUAAAAAAACAGAAGAGAAAAGUUUAAUUGCUUUCUUAAAGAGUCAUACGAUGCAUUUACAAACAGGCAAAAUUUACAGAGAAAUCUUGCAGGAGAACGCAUACACUUGGUGUUCUGCUCCGCUGCAUCCAUAUUAUGAUAAUAAAUUUUGUAACAGCUCUUUUUAUUUGUUGUUUUCAGGCUAUCACACAAUCUUCCAUAUUUUAACAUGCUUAUUCUGUUCAACUUUUGUAGGUUGUAGAGGAGAGGACAUGAAGUACAUAUUAUUUGGAGACUAAAGCCAAAAUUUAUAUUCUAAAAUAGUAUGGACCAGUUGGAAAAGUUAUUAGCUAAUCAUAGGCAUAUUAGGUGUCAGUAAAAAAAAAAAAAAAAAGCAAGCAGAAAAACUAGUGUGGCAAUUAUUGGGUAGUUGCAUCUUCGCAAACAUCUAGAUUUCAAUAUAUCUAUUUUAAAUAAAGAUAUCCAUAUCACUGUGGCAUGGGUUUCACAGGCAUAUUUACAAAGACUUUUUAAAGAAAUAUCUAGAAACAUAUCUGCGAUUGUGAGAGAUUGGAAAAUAUGGUCUAUAACAUGUCUGUUUUCAUAAUAUGUAAAAAUCCCAAUGUCACUGUAUAGAUCACAUUCACUGUGGAUGUGUUUCUUUGCUGAUUCAGUAUGGCAUUUUGAUAUCAUUGUGACACAGUUCCAAUAUUUAAAAAAAAAUCACUACUUUUGUCAUUUAUGUUUAUUUGCUAAAUGAAUGGAAUGCUUUACAAGCAAACAAUAUACAUGUAGAUUAUUUUUCAUGUGCACUUUUUCUUUAUAGUAGAAAGUAGCGAUACCAAUUACUCCUUUGAUGUAUACUUUCUUCUUUUGUACAGUUUCCUAAAUGAUGCAAUAAAUUAUUCAGGAAAGUGAUAGUA